AUGCGCAACUAUAAAAGAAAAUCGGAUCGUGGUACUAAAUCUGUUGAGUUGAUGCAACGGGCAGCAGAUUUAGUUAUCAAUGAAAAUAAAUCAUUGAGGCAGGUAUGUCGUGACUAUGAAUUAAGUAAAACUUCAUUGUCAAGAUUUAUUAAGCGAAUGAAGAAUGACCCUGUUAACUUGAGAUUUGGCUAUGGUUCUCCACGGCAGAUAUUUAAUAAAGAACAAGAAGCCAGUCUCACAGAAUACUUGUUCAAACUUGCACAAAUUUUUCACGGCAUAGGUCCUAAAGAAGUUCGUCGCAUGGCUUAUGACUGUGCCAUUAAAUAUAAAAUAAGUGUACCGUCAACAUGGCAUACAAACAAAAUGGCCGGUAGAGAUUGGAUGUCUGCCUUUCUCAAACGUAAUACAAGUCUUUCCAUAAGAAAACCUGAAGCGACUAGCCUCAGCAGAGCUACGUCUUUCAAUAAGUCUAAUGUGCAAAAGUUUUACACUAAAUUAGCUGACGUUGUGGAUCGAUUCAAAUUUACAGCUUCUUCCAUGUGGAAUGCGGAUGAAACUGGUGUAUCCACCGUCACCAAACCAUCAAAAAUAGUUGCUGCUAAAGGAAAGCGAAAUGUUGGAUCAAUAACAUCCGGUGAACGUGGAACUAAUAUAACCCUGUUAGUAGCGGUUUCUGCUACAGGUUCAUCAAUUCCACCUAUGUUCAUCUUCCCUCGCAAAAAGUUUCAAGAUCAUUUCAUUCGGGACGGUCCUACUGAUUGCAUUGGAGCUGGGAAUUCUAGCGGUUGGAUCACUAAUGACGAGUUUUUCCUAUUUAUGCAGCAUUUUAUCAAGCACGUUAGACCUUCUAAAGAAUUCCCUAUUCUGUUGGUUUUAGACAACCAUUCUUCGCACUUAUCUGUACCAACACUAGAUUUAGCUAAAGAAAAUGGAGUGGUCAUGCUCUCUUUCCCUCCACUCUGUUCUCACAAAUUACAGCCACUUGACGUGUCAGUAUAUGGCCCUUUUAAAAGAUAUCUGUCUUCAGCUCAAGAUGCUUGGAUGCGGAAUAACGCUGGAAAAAACAUGACCAUAUACGAUAUCCCUGGGAUCGUCCGCACUUCUUUACUUUUAGCUUUGACACCGAGUAACAUAAUGAGUGGAUUCGAAAAACUCGCAUAUUUCCCUUCAACCAACAUAAAUUUAAUGACGCUGAUUUUGCAUCUAGUUACGUAA